CCAAAUUUGUCUACCGUGUCAAUGUCGAUGUUUCUAUGAUUCACUGAUUGUGAGGUGGAUCCGUUGAUUUCAAUAUAAUUUGGACGAUACUUGUACAUGCUACGCCAUUCGCUAUAAACGUACAUGUGAACAUGCCCUUUUUUAGUAAAAAGAAGAAUAAGGAUAGUGCGGAUGGACACGGUGUCGGCGAGGAUAAACAUGACUCUUCGUACAAAGAUGGCGCCGGAAGUGGUUACGGGGCUGCAUUACCAAAUUCUGAGCCAAAAUCCUCACCGACAAGACCACACACUCAAGCACAACCACCUAGGACACAGCAGUCUAACGGGACACCACAGCCCAAUGAAGGAAAUCAUCAGGAAACAUCCCGUCAACGACUAGUAUUUCACGUGCAACAAGCCCAAGGCAGCCCUACCGGGAUCAUCUCAGGUUUUACCAACGUGAAAGAGUUGUACCAAAAGAUUUCCGAGUGCUAUGAUUUUGUGGUAUCAGACAUACUCUACUGCACAUUAAACACUCACAAGAUAGAUAUGUCAAGGUUGCUGGGUGGUCAAAUCGGACUCGAUGAUUUUAUAUUUGUCCAUCGAAAAGGCCAGGCGAAGGAAAUUGAAAUCACGAAAACCGACGAGGCAUUAGGACUGACUAUCACAGAUAAUGGAGCUGGGUAUGCUUUUAUCAAGCGCAUCAAAGAAGGAAGCACAAUGGAUGCCAUUACUCAUGUUUGUGUUGGUGAUCACAUUGAGAAGAUAAAUGAUAAGUCUCUGAUUGGUGCACGUCAUUUCGAAGUGGCAAGAAUGUUAAAGGAAAUACCGAAAUUCUCAACGUUUACGUUACGACUCGUGGAACCACGCAAAGCUGGGUUUACUGAAAUUGGCCCCAGAUCAAAUCCUGGAAAGUCUAAGAGUGGAAAGCUUGGCACAGGAAAGGAGACGCUGCGUCUGCGCAGUAAUGGCCCAGCAAAAGUAGAACAGGCACCUGAUGAACUGGUUGUCAUGGCAAUUGAGAAGAUAAACAGCCUACUAGAGUCAUUCAUGGGCAUCAACGACAUUGAAUUAGCACAAACCAUCUGGGAGCUUGGGAUAAACAAGGAGAACACCCAUGACUUUGCCUUCGCUGUUGACGAAAGUGACCUUGCAGCAUUCGGCUUCACAGAUGACUUCAUUUUUGAUCUGUGGGGUGUGAUAGGUGAUGUAAAAUCAGGACGCUUAAUUCCAGACCAAGGAGGUUCAGCGAAUUUCUAACUAUACAUUGGCCCAGGUGCUAAUGACUGCUACUGGUGAAAAAUCAGCAAAAAUAUAUUUUUUAAAUCAAUUGGGGUGGGGGUUGUGAUUGUAAGCAUUCUAUAACUAAUCAAAUUAAUUGACAUGUUAUUUUAGCAGGAUGCAAUUUGCAAUAUUUUUCAGGUGUUAACAUAAGUAAAAACGUGCUGCAAAGUGGUCAUGGCUAUUUUCUUAUACAGGUAGGUACAGUAAUGACCUUUUCAAAGUUACCUAAAAAAUUGUAAAUAACAAGAAAGUCGCAACUCGAUAACACAUCGCAGCAAUGCCUUUGAGUCCAAACACGCAAUAUGCGCUUCUUUUGUUUUUCGUGGUUCAUUGUGGGUGGAAUGAUAGCAUUUAAUUGCAUUAUAAUUUGGUCUUGUUUUACGACUUCAUUUUACAACCCUGUUUUACUGGAACCUAACCCUGUCGCGAAAUGGAACCUGCCUGUAUUUCACUUGGAGGCGUUUAUUAGGCAAAGACGUACCUCAUUUCGGUGUGUGUACCACUUUUUCACAUUAAUUAAAUGACAGCACGAUCAAGCAUUCUGAAUUUUUUAAAGUUAAUUUGUGGUUGAUUUCUGUUGCAUACUAGUUGUUCCUGUUUGAUAUCAUAAGUAAUUAAUGUGUUUUUUCAAAUCUAGGUUAUUCAUUGUAAAUAACAACAUUUCUAAUAAUUUUUCAUGCAAACGAUGUAUGCCUAUGUUGUGCUUUGACUGUUUGUGGAGGCAAAUUUUAGACCAAGAAGUUGUAAUAGUUAAGAUAUAUUAUAUCUGGCUGCUUAAACUUAAAUUUAAAUCAUGAUCAUUGCAAUUUUUUAUUAUUUAAAUGACUACUAUAUUCCUAAAAAGUCUUAGAUUCCUAUUUGUUAAUUGUAAUUAUAAUGCUAAUUGUUGGUUUAACAACACCACACAAGCUAAAAUAUUCGUUAAUUAGGCCAAAACAAUUUUAAUUUUUUAAUAUUUUUUUUUACUUUAAAGAAAAUUGACAAUAAAAUGUUUAGGGUCGCUGGGAAUAAAUAGGGUCGGUCGGGAAACGGUAACCACACCUAUAUUUUGUUUUGGCCUUACCAAACUUAUCCAGCUCGGCUGAUGUUAUUGGGGCUGGUUAUUUCAUUAGUCUGUCAGAAAACUAAGGUUGUGACUGCAUGCAAUUAUUUAUCGAGUUUUCGACAUCGAUCACCAUUUCCUCUAUUCUAUGGCAGCACACUUCCAAUAGACAUCGUUGUUUUAAUGUUACAUGACCAGUUAGUGCAAGCUCAUUGAUCACCUUGGCAGUACCAUCUUAACCUUUCUUUGUGUCCCCCCUCACGAUUGAUUUUUUUAUGUACCAAAACAGUUGUUGUGAAUAGCCAAUAUGUUUAAGUUCGACGGAAGUUGUUGAAAAAUGACACUUUGUAUUUUGCUGCUACAUAUAAACAUUUUAGAAUAAAUACAUGAUUUUAUUGUGUUAAAAUUAAGGUGCAGUGUGUGUGUUAGGUUUCAAUACUAGUUUGUCAUUGGUUUUGGCAAUGGUGGCAUUUCGGUAGUUUCAAGCGGUGCUGCGGGAUGUCAGCAGUGUGUAGAAUGAAUUUGCAAGAUCGUAGGUUGCCGAAUCUGUGCACCAAUGUACAACAUGGUUUCGAUGACACAAUGGUGAAUGGCGCAAUGGCACUGGUUUAAUUUUUCUGUGGGAGUCUGCCCUUCAAUUAGUAUGUAUAAAGCUUAUAUUCUUACUCUUUUUACCGAAAUUCAAAACCCAAAAGUAAACGUGUAGAAGGUUGGUUAAUGCACUGUGUCAUGUAAGCAUGUGCUUCGGUUACGUUCCAUGUCACUGCUAUGAUGUCUUGACCAGUGUUCUAAAAAGAUAUUUAAAAAUUCACUUGCGGGUGCCACGUUUACAGUAAAAGCCAGCCUCUCAGCAAAUUAGAGAUAGCAUAUUUAGGUGGGAGAAUUUUGUUCUUAGUAAGCAUCCGCCCAUCACUAAAUUCAUCCCAUGUACAAACCUACAAGCCUGUCUAACAGUUGCAGUCAAGAAUUGCUGCUUCAGCCUUAUUAUCUAGUUAGACUGGUAGUGCUCACUUGUCAGAUGUUGUAGGCAUCGUCGACCAAAACUAUAUAUGUCCUAGACUGGCUCCUAGUGACAAUUUUCCAAUAUUUUGAAAUGCCACAUUAAACGUAAUAGUGGCAUUCACAUGUAUGUGUGUGCGUGCGUGCGUGCGUCCGUGCGUGCGCGUGCGUGUGGAUUCUGUUGGUCUCUUGCUUUUUACUGUUGAUAUUAAUGAGGUUUAUACGGUUCUAUAUAGGGUAGGAAUAUGUAGACAUAGAGUAAGACCUGUUGUUGCGUACGCGUAUUGUGCGUUUGUGCAGUACAAGUUUAUGAAUUGUGUUGGUAUAUGACAUUUCUAGGUUGAUUUCGAUUCAUAAAAUCCGUCUAUAAUGUCUAGAAUGAUGUCGAAGACUAUAUGGCAUACGUGUGAGCUUUAGGUGUUUGCAAAUUGAUUGCAGCGAUUUGAGUUUCGUAUGAAGGGUGGGUUGUGAGAAACAAAUUCAUAUGAGUGUACAUCUUUCACAUUCCACUUAUGAUGAUGUAUUUCAGUGCCUUUGUUGUUAUGCACUGUAAGAAUGUCAGUGUCGUGUAAAUGUAAAUAUCUCUGUUGUGACCGUCUUUAACUGUCAAUUAUUUUGUUUCCAUAUCAGACCACAUAGUAACAUUCCAUGUAAUAUGUUGCGAAUAUGUAUAUGUCGAAAUUAUAUCGUAAAAUUUAUACGAGUGUCUAGUGACAGAACCCCACUUAAGAUUUGGUGGUCAUGAUAAUGAAUAGCACUUGUAUAAGUGUUUUUGUGGUGUGAGUUGUGGCUGAAUACAGUUUAUGUUAUGAACAUUUCUAGUAAUUGUAAAUAUCUCGGUUGCGUAUGGCUUGGCUGACCUUGUACAAUGGCCUACAGAGAAUACAGAAAAGGAGAGGAAAAUGAAAAUGAAGGGCAGCUUAUCUUAACGUCAGCAAACAGUUUGAAGUUUAGAGCAGGUGCAUGGUCUAACAGCUGAGCAGAUGCGGUUUUUAUGUCUAACUAUUUGACAAAGGAUGGGUUUAACAGGAUAUAUAUACAAUGAAGUUUUGCAGCUGCAUAGAUAUAUUGUUUUGUUUGUAUAUGUCUACCCACGUGAUAGGCAGAUCUAAGAAUUGUGUGAGGGCAAGUCCGUCCAAAGUGUGUGUGUGUUACCCCUUUUAAUCUAUAUUCGUAUUAAUUCGUGACUAUUUCAACUGGGGAAAGUGUUUGCCACACUUGAGAACAUUGACAUAUAGUCACGAAAGGUGGAUGGCUUCUUGACCCUUGGAUCUGCGGAUGCAACCACCACAGCUGAUGUCAUAUUACCAUAUCUGCUACAUGAAGUCUUGUUAAUCUCCAGAUAUAUUUUGAUGUAACGUUUUGGUAAUUACAUAACAUUUAUUAGUGUUACGAGAUUGUCCGAUGUAAUAUACCUCAUCAUGAGACUGGAACAACUAGUGUCCAUAGUGAUUAAAUAAACCUGUGCAUUAUGCUAUUAUGUA